GAACGUCCAUUCCAAACUCAAAUCCCAAUUAGUUGCAUCAAGUCAAACCUUUAGCAGAGAUGGCAAAACGCCUCAUACCUCUGCUGGACCGAGUCUUGGUGGAGAAAUUGCAGCCAGCCACAAAGACGUUGGGUGGCAUUCUGCUUCCAGAGACUGCUGUUAGCAAGAUGAGCGAGGGCAAGGUGAUUGCCACUGGGCCAGGUAGGCGCAACCUGCAGACUGGGGAGCCCAUCCCAGUGAGUGUCACAGAGGGGCAGACUGUGCUGCUCCCAGAGUAUGGAGGCACCGUCGUCAAGCUGGGCGAGAAAGAGCUGACUCUCUAUAGGGAUGAGGAGCUCUUGGGGGUCAUCCAGGACUGAGGCAGCUGUGCACAGCAGGACUUCAUUCUAGAUGCGAAUUUAGAGGCGUGAUGCUGUUGUCAGCACCUGUCUCGCCUCACAAAUGCAUGAAUUAUAAGGACGGCAUCAAAGCACAUCGAAUGAUGAUUAGACGCAAGACGGUCUGUUUUGUUUCUCUGGGACGGCGCGGUAAAGCUAGGCGCGAACUCUGCCUAAGACAUGGCUAGCUAGAAUAUCACCUGCUGGUAAAGAUGGUCCCUGGGUCUUGGAAUCUCUUCAAAAUCUCUGGCCCUCACAAAGAGAUGGGAGCAAGUAUGAAAGCAAUCUCAGCAUU